CCAAAGAAAGUUUGUCGUCUACUCUUAUUUUGUUCCGUCAUCAAUGGCAAAGGAUAUAAUGGAAGGAAUAGCUUCAAUAGCUUUGCUUCCAUGUGGAUCCAUAUCAGGAAACUUCAUUCAAAUUCCUGGUUCUAUAUGUUAUGGUCUUCAAGGCACUGAACUUGCUUGUGAAAUGGAAUGCAGCAGAGGCGAGGAUUAUCGCUUAAUCAAGCUAACAAUUAUCGACUACAUUAGGAAGAAAGAAAGGGUUGUUGUAGUGGAAUGCAGAGGCCAUGAUGCUGCAAGGCUGCGCAAUGUUGACCAGGCACAUGGAUGGGAGAAAGAUGUCAUCGGGAUGGUUGAAAAAAAGAAUGUAGAGCACAAAAUCUCAGUUUCGUUCAACUGUGAAACACUUAAAGCUGAUAAAGCUGCAGAAGAUCAUAUCAGACAAUUCAUGCCCAAUCUAGUUGGACUAGAAGAUAUUGUCGCAAAUGUAGGAAAGAUGACUAUAACUGGGCUCAAUUUAGAAGCUGAAAAUGCUAAACAUGAAGAAGAAACUUUUGAAGCAGAUUUCAAACUUGCAGAAGAAACUUCUGAAGCUGAUGUCAAACUUGAAGACAAUGUUAAACUUGAAGAAAAAACCUUUGAGACCAACCUUGCAGAAGAAAAUUUUGAAGCAGCAGACAAUGUUAAACUUGAACAAGAAACUUUUGAAGCAGAUAUCAAACUUAAAGAAGAAACUUCUGAAGCAGAUGUCAAAUUCGAGGACAAAACAGAAGAUUGCAGCUAGUGCUGAUUGGAUAAAGUUGUCUGUUUUACUCAGUUGUUAUUUACGACUCCUUUUACAUGGCAUGAACCUUUUUCUUAUUUAUAUAUACUAAGCAUCUCUCAAAACUGGAAUCAUGUAUAUAGUAGCUUUGCUAA